GGACACAACAUUUAGCCCUGCCAAGUUGAAAUGACUGAACAUAAAAUGUUUGAAACAAAGAGCGACAUUUUUUUAUGAGUAGAUCUGGUGUAAAGACGGUUGAAUAUUUAAUAUAUAUAUCUUAUAUAUUAAUAUAAGAAGAUAACAUAACAAUGAGUUACAUUGUGGUGCUGCUGUUCAGCCUCGGCGUGUGUGUAGUACAUUGUGGCCGGCACACAUUACAAUAUGACAUAUCGCUGGUAUCCUCCUAUAGUCACAGCGUGCCACACUACACCAUCACUGCGUAUAUAGACGGCUUGCAGUACGGGAGGUACGACAGCGCAACGCGCCGGGGGCAGGUCUUGAUUCCAUCAAUGGUCAUUCCAUCGCGUAGUACGCAUCUUAAGCACAUGUUAUUGCAGAUUGAAUUUGCUCAGAAACAGGAGGUUGCAGAAAAACAGAAAAUGGAAUCUCUAAUGGGGUUUCUAAACAAGACCCACGGUAAUGGAGAAUUCCAUGUCUUCCAGAGGAAGUUUGCCUGUGAGCUACACAAAGAUGGAACCAUUAGUGGAUACGAUGAGAUUGCUUUUGAUGGGAAGGAGCUUAUGACGUUUGACAGAGAAAGAGUGGUGCAUGUUCCUGUAACACAGGAGGCUCUGGCUAUGACCCAGCUAUGGAAUCGGAAUUACGAUUAUGCAAAGAUAAAUAAGCUCUACAUGGAGAAUGACUGCAUUGAGAAUAUGAAGAUGUAUCUCCUUUAUGUAUCAACUGACUUGGAGAGGAAAGUUCUCCCUAAAGUGAAGGUUUCCAGCUCAGAAUCAGACAGCGGUGCUGACCUUCACUGCUCUGUGUAUGGGUUCUACCCCCGAGAUGUGGAAGUGAAGUGGAUAAAGAAUGGGAGAGAUGAGAUUCACUCAGAGGAGGCGGCACAGAUCCUGCCAAACCCUGAUGGCACCUAUCAGAUCAGAGUCAGUGUGGGGGUAACACCAGAGGGGGGCGCCAAUUACUCCUGCCAUAUAGAUCACAGCAGCUUGGAAAACCCAAUGGUUGUACCUUUUGUAUCUAAUAGGAGAAGUAUUUCACAAAUCAAGAUCCCUAUCAUGGCUGCUUUCUUCCUAAUUUUUCUUGCUCUGGGAAUGUUGACUAGAAUGAGAAGGAAUAAAGGAUCAGAAAGCAGCCAAGAGAGUUUGAGCUCAGAGGAGGAGAAUCCUGAGCCUUUUGCUUAACAUCAAAUGCUGGAAAAUAUAUAAGAGCUCAUUUAUAUUUACUCAUUCACAGUCUGUGAAGUGCAAUUUUCCGAGACAGCUGUCAUAUGUGUGUGUGUUAAAGAAUGGGAUUCAUACCAAGUAACUGAUGGUCUAUAUCAGUGAUCCCCAACCAGUAGCCCAGGACAACAUGUUGCUCCCCAACCCCUUGGAUGUUGCUCUCAGUGCCCCCAAACCAGGGAGUUAUUUUUGAAUUCCUGACUUGGGGGCAAGUUUUUGUUGGAUAAAAACGAGAUUUCCUAUCAAAUAAAGCCCCCUGUAAGCGGAUAGGGUGCAUAGAGGCCCCUAAUAGCAAAUCUUAGCCCUUAUAUGGCACCUCCAUGAACUUGUAUGGUGCUUGUGUUGCUCCCCAAGCCUUUUUACAUUUGACUGUGGCUUGGGGACCCCUGGUCUAUAUGGAGCUUUUUUCUUCUUGGUUGCUGGGAAUCUAGAUUGGAAUUUCGUCUCUCCUAUUGCUCUCUCUGCAUUAAGAAUGCGGCCCCUCUUGACCCUCUCUGACGCAAAAUAGGGUGGAGGGGCGAGACCAUCUCAGGGUGGCAGUUGGAGGGAUUUAUACCAUAAAAAAGCAUAAGGCAAGAGCAGCGCCAAGGACUGUGGAUAUAAUACGGGUCCACUCAAUUUCUAUUUAUUAUUUUUAUGUUUGUAUAUAUUUUAAUUGCAGGUUUGUUUAUUUGUGUGUAAAAAUAAAAUACAUGUAUA